AUGAAUUGGCCGGUUUUUGCGUCGAGGCCUCCUCUCCCUAAUAUGUCAUCUCCCCCAACUUCCAAGCGCAUCAAAACAGCUGUUGCCUCCAACACACCCACGCACCCCCUAAACCAACAGCAACAACAGCAGCCUCCUCCUUUUACCGGGCCUGGCCCCUUCGAAAGGCGCCUCUAUGGUGCCCAUUUCUACUCCAGCCCCAGCUCCAGCCCCCAGCAGCUCCAAAUCCCCGGAAGGCGACGCGAGGGAAAUACCACUAGUACAGCUGGCGCACCAACUGCGCCCGAAACUACGGUCAAAAAAAAGGGUCGAACAAACACGCCAUGGACAGCUGAGGAGGAGCAGCGACUCAAGACUAUGCGCGAUGCUGGGAGCACUUGGAGUGAGAUUGCCAAGACCUUCCCCAUGCGAACUGAAGGAAGUGUGAAGAAACAUUGGUACAAGGACAUGCAUUAUGCUGAAUUCACUGAGGAGGAGUCCAUAACACUACGCGAUGCCAUCAAAGAAUACGAAUCAAAUAAAUGGAAAGUCAUUGGGCAGAAAAUUGGGAAGCCAGCAAAGGCUUGUGAGCAAUACGCCAAGGAGCAUUUUAAAAGCAUCUAA